AUGUUCGCCGACGAAAACUCCUUUUUCUCUCCCGCCCCCUCCGGUGAUUACCUUUCUGCAGAGCCACGCAAGAGCGUGGGGGCCCCCCUGGGGGCCCCCCUGGGCGGGUCUGCUGCGUUUGGGGGCCCCGAAGAGGGUUUCGGGUUUGGGGGGGAGGCGUUUUCGCAGGGGGCCCCCCCCUCGCAGCGGACGGGGGCCCCCCCCGCUGCAGCAGCAGCAGCAGCAGCACAAACGCCCGACGGAUGCCUCUACUGCACUGCAGCAAUGCUGCGGAAAGCUGUCAAAGAAAGGGCAGGGGGGGGCCCCCUGCUGCUGCACGGGGCCCCUGUGGGGAUGUUGGGGCUCUGCGGUGUCUGUACAGCUCUCGAAGUGCGGCCUUCUCUCUUCCGAUUUACACUCGAAGACCCCACAGCAGCAAUUGAGGUCGAGUGCAGCAGCAAGGCGGCCCUCGCGCUGCUGCAGCAGGAAGAAGCAGCAGCAGCAGCUGCCCCGCCCUCCCCCAGGAGCAGCAGCAGCAGCAGCAGCAACAGCAGCAGCGGGGCGCUGCUUGCUGCGCUGAAGAACGGGGGCCUCGUGUCUGUCUUUGGCUAUGCAUGCACUGACGACAAAGGUGCUGUUUAUAUUGACUGCUGCAGAGCAGCAGCAAUUAAAGACCCCAGAGAAUAUGCUGAGGCUUUCCCGCUGCGGGUCAUUGCUGCUGCACUUCGAGCAGCAGCAAAAGAGCCCCACACUAAGGCCCAGCUCCCAGACACAAUCAAGCAAGAAGCUCCAGAAGAAGCUUCUUUGGAGCAGUUUGAGCACAUCACGGAGCCGCUGCAGCGGCUGCUGCUGAAGACUUUAAUGGCUGCAGAAGAAAAAACAAUGAAGAGACAUUUGCUGCAGCAGCGGCUGUCUGGCCAUUCGCCCGAAGCAAUUGAAGAAGCUCUUAAGGCUCUCGAGGACUCUGGAGAAAUCGCCUUGACUGCAACUUGGGUUUCUUUGGCUUCUUGA